AUGCGCCUUAUCGCUCCAGCCGCUUUCGCGAGGGGCGCUCCACGGUACUCGGCCACAUUGACUCGGACACCACUUCCCGGCAUCCACACUGGCCGCCGCAGCUUCUCCGCAAGCCCAACAUCCAAUGACGCCAUCGCACAAGACGACAAGAAGAAGCUCCUUAUCGUCUACCACACCAUGACGGACGGCACACGGCAAAUGGCCCAGGCGGCGUACGAAGCCGCUCGCAAAGCCGAGUCUCCAGACUCGCCCAUCACGAUCCAGAUGCUAAAGGCCCGUGACGCCGGCCCAGAAGACGUCCUGUCGGCUUCGGGAUACAUCUUUGCGACACCCGAAAACCUCGCAGCCAUGGCGGGCAUCAUGAAAGACUUCUUCGACAGGACAUACUAUGCCGCGCUGGGGAAGCUCAAUGGCCGACCGUACGCGUGCAUGAUUUGCGCUGGGAGCGACGGGGAGAAUGCCAUGCGCCAGGUGGACCGCAUCGCCAAGGGGUGGCGACUCAAGAAAGCCGCGGACGGCAUCAUCGUCAUCACACAUGCGCAGACGGCAGAACGGUGUCACGCCAUGAAGACAAUUGAGAAACCGGACCUCGAGCGGUGUGCUGAGGUCGGAGAAGCGCUGGCUGAGGGUAUGGCGAUGGGCGUGUUCUAG